AUGGAAGCUACUAAACCAAACCAUUUAAAGAGGCCCCUGUUCAGCCCCUCUAAGAGCCCACACUUAAAGAAAAGUCGGCCUACAUAUUCUCCUAACAAAAAUAAGAGGAGAGUCCGUUCCCUCUUUCAUUCGAGUCAACCAACAAUUCUUAAGUCAUCUGUCAAUUCAGAACAGCUUGCACAGCCUCUAGAUGAUUCUCAACAAUUUGAGGAAGCCAAGCCGACUCGGGCCAAACGAAAUAGGUUGUUUCCGUCUACUCUCUGGAGGCACAAUGCUUCUCCUACCUCAUCAACCACCGAGACUGCAAUAGUAACUCCGCUGAAAGUUAAGAUACCCAAUUUUCUCAAUGAUUGUUCUCCAACUUCUCCAACCUCAUCAACAACUGAGACUGCCAUAGUUACUCCUCUGAAAGUUAAACUGUCCUAUCAGCCCAAUGGUGGUAACCACAGGAGCAAGGAUUGUGAUGAUAUGUCUUCAGUGUCAUCCACAACAGAAACGGCAAUUGUAAGUCCGAUAAAAUUGAAAUCUGCUUGCAGUAAUGCCACUGUACUUACUGAUCAUGACUACUGUCUUGUCUCUCUGGUAAGUAUGUAAAGAUAUAGUUGUAGUGUGCUAUAUGGUAAAUUCAUUCAUCUGUAUGUUUGACUUGUGUAUAGGUUCCAGCUUCUAUUGAAGAGCGUGCUGUUCCCCCUUUAAAAAUUCGACGGAUACCAAUAACCAAGUCAAAAGUAAAUGGUGCUCAAUCAGAGCAUGAUUACUUGUUGAUUGAUGAAAUGCCAACAUCA